AUGGCCGCUGCAAUUAAGGCGAUCAAUGCUAAGAUCCGUUCCAACAAGGUUCUGGAUUAUGUCUGCUCAACACACUUCUGGGGCCCUGCCUCGAACUUUGGUAUCCCCAUUGCUGCUGUGAUGGACACUCAAAAGGACCCUGAAAUUAUCUCUGGACAGAUGACCGCUGCGCUCACAGUCUACUCCGCAACCUUCAUGCGUUACGCCCUUGCUGUCUCUCCCAAGAACUAUCUCCUCUUCGCCUGCCAUUUCAUCAACUGCUCCGCUCAGAUGACUCAAGGAUACCGGUACCUGAACUACUGGAACUGGGGAGGCCGGGAAGCCAAGCUCGCAGAGGCCGCCAAGCAGGGCAAGGAAGUCACCGAAGCCGGCGCAUAA